UGUGCAGGAGCGGAUCGCUGACGGAGGCUGCUGCACGCGCUUCCUCUUCACCCUCUAGAAGACUCGGUCGGUUCGAAGCCGAAGGAAUCCACAUCCUCCUCCUCCAUACAGCCGCAAAAAUGAGAAUUUCACUCGCACUUUGUGCAGUGUUCGCUGUGUGGUUCACUGCCGACGCCACGGUGUACCUCAAGGAGCAGUUUCUGGAUGGAGAUGAAUAUAAAACUCGAUGGUUGGAAUCGAAGCACAAAUCAGACUAUGGGCAGUGGAAGCUCUCUGCAGGGAAGUUCUACGGCGACGCUGAACUCGACAAAGGUCUCCAGACAAGCCAGGAUGCCCGCUUUUAUGCCCUGUCCAGGCGGUUCGAGCCUUUCAGCAACGAGGGUAAACCUCUGGUCAUUCAGUUCACAGUGAAACACGAGCAGAAGAUCGACUGCGGCGGUGGCUAUGUGAAAAUCUUCCCGGCUGAUCUGGACCAGGCCGAAAUGCACGGCGAAUCUCAGUAUUACAUCAUGUUCGGUCCUGACAUCUGCGGCUACAGCACCAAGAAAGUACACGUGAUUUUUAACUACAAGGGACAGAACCACCUGAUCAAGAAAGACAUCCGAUGCAAAGACGACGAGUUCACAAACCUGUACACGCUGAUCCUCCGACCCGACCAGACCUACGAAGUGAAAAUCAACAACGAGAAGGUAGAGUCCGGUUCUCUCGAGGAGGACUGGGAUAUCCUUCCUCCCAAAAAAAUCAAGGAUCCAGAAGCGAAGAAGCCGGACGACUGGGACGACCGCGCCAAAAUCGACGAUCCCGAGGACACAAAACCAGAGGACUGGGAUAAACCCGAGAACAUUCCUGAUCCCGAUGCCAAGAAGCCCGAAGACUGGGACGAAGACAUGGACGGCGAAUGGGAGCCACCCGCAAUCCCAAACCCUGAGUACAAGGGGGAAUGGAAACCUAAACAGAUCGAUAACCCUGACUACAAAGGAACGUGGGUGCAUCCAGAGAUCGACAACCCAGAUUACACACCAGACGACUCCAUAUACAAAUACGACAACAUUGGAGUUCUCGGCUUGGAUCUGUGGCAGGUGAAAUCCGGUACCAUCUUUGAUAACUUCCUUAUCACUGAUGAUGUCAAGGAGGCUGAGGAUUUCGGCAAAGAGACCUGGGGAGCCACGAAGGACCCUGAGAAGAAGAUGAAGGAUAAGCAGGACGAGGAAGAGAGAAAGCAGAGGGAAGAGGAGGAGAAGAACAAGAAAGAACCCGAAGGCAACGAGGAAGACGAGGACGAGCCUGAAGAUGAACCGGAGGAUGAGGAGGAAACUCCCGAGGAACCCAGUAACGAUGAAGAUGAUGAGGAAGAUAAGCCCACUAAAGACGAGUUGUAGACGGCGUCUGAGCUUUCGCAUCUUAGGAGAACCUCCUGAUCCUCCCCCACUUGGUGAAGCUCCUUCUGUGGGGCUCUGCCUUCCAAAAACCAGGACAAUAGAGAAUAGAGGGUGUGCUGUGGUUUUAUUUUAGUUCAGUGAGGAUCGUUUUCCCGCCGCUGCUCCCCUUUGUUUUGAUUUUUUUUUCAAUUAUAAAUUAAUCUAAUGAGAUGUUAGCCAUGCCCAGGGUUUUUUCUACUGCUGCUACCCAGCUUCUCCAUUUCCCACCCAAAGUCACAUGGAAAACUAAAUUAGAUGGAUUAUUAUCAACUUGUUUCGAGAGGAAAAAAAAUGACGAGUGUAUCAUUUUUAGGUUAUUUGCACUUUUUUUAAAUAAAUAAUUUUCUUAAACCGUG